AGGAGCGACGGGGGAAAAGUUGUGUAUUUUGACAUGAUAUUCUGGAUUGCGAGUCGUAAUUUUGCCAUGAGUCAUAUUCAUAGCAAGAGGGUGUAAAGAAGAAAGCGUCUGUGGCCUGCAGUCCGUUGAAGAUGAAACCAAACGAAGGUUAUGAGAUUGGUGAAGAAGACUUGGUUGCCCAACUAGGGAUGCUUAUCCUAGAUGGUCGAACUCCUCAGGAUUCUAAAAGCAAUAUAACAGGCUGUGUGAAGUGUGAUGAUGGCCUCUCUGGCCCAAGAAAGAAACAGAAAGAUUUCAUUACACAAUGGACAUUGUGUGAUUCACUGUGCAUCGAAGUCUGGCUGUAUCGUCAAGAACAGUUUAACAAAAGGGAGGCGAUGAAUGGUCAUGGUAGUUACCUGUUAAUUGAACAAUGGGAAAUCAAACUUAAGCUUAGCAGAAAUCCUGACCUUGGUUUUUACUGCACCGAAAAGAUGUUGACUCAAGCAAUAAGAUCAAAGUUGUAUUUCUCUCAACUAAGUGCUUGGCUUAGUCUCACGAAAGGAGAGUUCCCGCGCUAUAUGUAUUUUAGGCUUUGUUCAACAAAAGAAAAAACACCAUUAGAAAGAUUUAUUCGAGCACCCGAUUUUCACCAGUUUCCUCAAGUGAACAUUAAUUCCACCAAAGAGCUCAUAGUCUCUCUUCAUUCUCUUCCUCAUUCCGACCUACUGAGGGACUACCCCAUGUUUUCGUGGGUAUUGAAUGACCUUCCCUCUGAGACACCGCCAAGAAAAUUGGGAGAAAAAAUACCGGAAAAUUUCGAUGCUUCACUAGAGGGAAAUGACUGCUUUUACGGCAGUACUAACCAGAAGAAAGAUCUCUCCAAUAGUCGAGGAAACGUUGUGCGAAAAUUAGAGUUUAAAAAUUUCAGUUCUGUUGGAGAAAAAACAUCGAACAUGACAAAGAUAACGAGUUGUGUAGUAAAAGAAUUGAGUACAGUAUCCGUGCAGAAUGUAAAUAGGACAAGCGUUGAGCGUUUUUCAAAACUGGGUUCCUCUAAGCAUGUUAAGAGGGAAACGGAUUGUAAAUACUCAACCGAAGAGGAGCAGAAUUUGAUAUCAGACAAUGAAAGGCCACAACCGCAAAAGGGCGAGUUUUUUUGCGAAGAAGCAAAAGGACAUUUCUCAAAACAGGAAGCGACGGGAUUUUCGAACAAGCACUCAGAACCGUUACACGCUUCCCCGAAAUUGUUCGCUUCAAAUCGUGCUACUGAAAAUAAUUCGCUAGCGCAGGGAGCUUCAGGAGACUUCAAGGAAUUAAUAUGUGAUGAAGAAGGUUCACCCGCUGAUAAAAUAACAGAAAGACAUUCAUCUUUGUCAUCGCAAGGAUAUCUUAAGAAAAUUACACCAAUAGAAAAACAGUGCUUUGGGAAAAGCCUCGAUUCUGAAAAUUUUGGAACCAACUUGAAAUGUCGCAAACAAGAAAUUUCUAAGAAAUCACUGUUGACAUGUGAUAUGGCUGCCCGCGAUUGCAGGAAUUCAAUAUUAAAUUUAGAUAAAUUGCAGAGUUCGCAAAAGACGAAAAUUUCAAAUAGCAAGAUUUGCGAUGGUUUGAACUGUGAAGGAAGCGGAAAUUUACAGGAGACAAUGAGAAUAUCUUGGAGUAGGAGCAUUGACGAAUGCGGGAAUGUUUUGCAUCGUGAUGAAAACGGGAUUGGAAACAUUAUUUCUGAUGUGAGACAUGUGAUGGAUAAAGAGUACGAGAAGACCUUGCACGAGAGAAUAGGCAAAUGUUGUUUAGCAAGUGAAGGAUACCGCGGAAAAAACCGUGAGGAUAGCACGAAAAAGACGAUGGAAGCUGAUAAAACAGAAGACAAUAACAAGGAUAAUGUUUUUAGAAACACCACAUGUACCACAAUACCUCAUGCUCGUAUCUCAAGAUAUCACUUCAGACAUGCUUCAACUGGCACUCUCGCUGUCUUUCAUCCCAGGACUGGGCUACCUAUGUCAUCUAGUCCGGCUCCGUUUAGAAAAACGUCACAAAAGAAAACUGUGGAUGAUAUUUGCAGUCCGCCCCGUGAACCGUCUAGUCUUUCAGACCAGUGCGGUAAUCUUAGUAAAAGUGCACCGACUUUAACCACGCAAAGUUUGCUGGUUAAUUUUGAGGAAUCGGUUUUAAACGAUCGUCUUCUCCCCGACGGUGUCGUCGAGGGGUUUACGGCAGAGCUCAGUGCAAGUGGUUCGAAAAAAUGUCUUGCACACGUGACGCUUCCAGUUCAAGCAUACUUCUUUAAACUAUCUGACGACAAUGCACCAUCCCCUUAUAUGGGUUACAUUUCAUUAGAUGUACCUGGAUUGCCAAAGAAAGGCUACCAUGUCCCCAAGAAUGGUACUAUUCAGUUGACUCUCUUCAAUCCAAACCAGACUGUGGUUAAAGUAUUUGUGGUGCUGUACGAUUUCACUGAUAUGCAGCCGAACUUUCAAACAUUUCUUCGGCAAAAGACGACGUCGUUGGUCAAGUCAGAGGGACUUGUCGAUAGAAUUCACGAUAAUUUACACUAUCUUAUUCACCUCAGAUUCGCUUCUUCGAAGUCUGGUCGAAUUUACCUCCACACAGACAUCCGUGUGAUAUUCGCCCGGCACCCCCCUGACCAAGUUCAUCUCAGUACCACCACAAACGGGCCAACGAAUCCGAAGUAUGUCCCAAGACAGGAAACCCGGGAGGCAUGUUAGGUUGUUGCAAUUUUGAACUUGGUCGGUAUUCGAUAUAUAUAUUUAGACCUCGUAUUUCAACCGCGUACAAUAGUUAUAUCAAUAUUUAAAAAUGUACUCAUCAGAAUAUACGUUGUGUUACAUUACUGCAUGAAACAGAAAGUAAAAGUAAAAUACUAGUCAGUUGUCAUUUGCCUAAACACGGUAGUGAGUUUUUAAGAAUACCGGAGAAUAGUUGGAACAUGAAAGUCAGUUAUACACUUAAUUCGGCUUAGAUAUAUGCACAUCAAUUUGUAUCAUUUUACUUUUAGAAGAAAGGAAUAUUUGGCUAAUUAUCUAUAUGAACUGAUUUUGCGAUAGGUUAGUUUCAAAAAUUAAUGGAAUCAUCUCCCUAAAUGAAGAAACCAUAUAUAAACACUGAACCUUUUGAUGAAGAAUAUCAAUCACAAAACAUCCCUUUUAGGCCUAGAAAACUAGGUCUAUAUACAGUGGCGUAGCCAGAACGAUAAUUGGGGGGGCCAUAUUCAUAUAUUCGUGAUACGCAGGUUUAAUUUCUUU